CAGGACAGAUUAGGGCACCAUUUGCCAUAACUAAAUAGUUACCUUGUAUAUGAAGUAGGGAGAUAUAUGUUUUUAUUUUUAUUUUUAUGCUUUAUGAUAGGUAGUGGAGAGGUACAGCCUGGAGUCCAGAGGAAGCAUCCUGUGCGUCCGACGCAACAAAGUAUCGCUUUGAGCCAAAAACAGAUGUGGAUACUCUGAGCGGAGCUGCCCAGCUGAGGUGAAGGGGAGGGCAGAGGAUCCCAGGUUCAGCGUGAGUGUGAGUGAUGACCUGCACACCGGAAACAGGACCAUGAUCUGAAGAGGUCGCCCCGAACACAGAAACUUCUUCCUCUCCUCCUCCUCCUCCCUAUUUUUUUUAUAUUCUUUUCGUCGUUGUAAAUCUCUGGGGUGACAGCCUCCCUGCGUGCACGGAGAGGACAAAACCAAAAGAGACGACAUAUUUCUGAGGAGGAAGAAAUACAGCAACGAGUCAUCCGUGACCUCUGACCUUGCCGCUCCCCCCUUUGCCCCUCCCGCCGCCACACCGGAAACAUGGGGAGGAAAAAGAUUCAGAUCCAGAGGAUCACUGACGAACGCAACAGACAGGUGACGUUCACCAAGCGGAAGUUCGGCCUGAUGAAGAAGGCGUACGAGCUGAGCGUGCUGUGCGACUGCGAGAUCGCCCUCAUCAUCUUCAACCACUCCAACAAGCUGUUCCAGUACGCCAGCACCGACAUGGACAAAGUACUGCUCAAGUACACCGAGUACAACGAGCCGCACGAGAGCCGGACCAACGCCGACAUCAUCGAGACGUUGCGAAAGAAGGGCUUUAACGGCUGCAACAGCCCCGAGCCCGACGGAGACGACUCCAUCGACCAAAGCCCGCUGAACGAGGAGAAGUACCGCAAGACGGAGGACCUGGACAGCCUGUUCAAGCGCUACGGCUCCACAGUCCCACAGCCCACCUUCUCCAUGCCCGUCACCGUGCCGGUGUCCAAUCAGAACGCGGCGGCCCUCCAGUUCAGUAACAACCCCGGCGCCCUGGUCACCACCACCUCCUUCAUCACCUCCACCCUCACAGACCCGCGCCUCCUGUCGCCACAGCAACCGUCUCUGCAGAGGAACACCGUGUCGCCAGGGUUACCACAGCGACCAGCCAGCGCAGGUGCUCUGUUGGGAGAUAUGGGGAACUCAAACGGAGCGUGCCCGAGUCCAGUCCCUAACGGCUACAUCAGUGCCAGGGCCUCCCCGGGCCUCCUCUCCGUAUCCAACGGCAACAGCCUGGGGAAAGUAGUCCCGGCGAAGUCCCCGCCUCCGCCCAGCCCUCAGAUGGUCAACAGCCGCAAGCCGGACCUGAGGGUCAUCACCUCGCAGAGCGGCAAGAGCCUCAUGCAGCUGACUGCUCAGCGGCUAGGUGGCUCCCAGUCGCUCACCACACCGGUGGUCUCCGUGGCGACACCCAGUCUCCUAGCGCCCUUCUCCGGCAUGCAGACGGCCUACAACACCGAGUACCAGCUGACGAGUGCGGAUCUCACAGCGCUCCAGACGUUCACACAACCGGGGCUGGUGCCUGGCAACAUGGCUGCCUGGCAACAGCAACCGCCAGUCUCCCAGCAACAACAACAACAACAGCAGCAGCAGCAACAGCAACAGUCACAGAUCAGCUUGGCGUCGCUCAGUAACUUGGUCAUGUGGGGUGCAGAGAAACAGAAUGCAGAGAUGGUUAACUGCAUCUCCAAUUUUGCUGCUAACCUGAGGCCGAUGGGUCAGUUAUCUCAGGGCGCCGCUCUGACAGUCAACACCAACCCCAACAUCAACAUCAAGUCUGAGCCCGUCUCACCCAACCGCGACCGCAGCACUCCCAGCUCCACCUGCGGCGCCGUGGGAGGCGGAGGCGGAGGCCAGAUCCAGCUCCAGGGUCAGGGUCUGGUGUCGGUGGCCUACCCCGGGGCCCUGCGCCUGGAGGUGGGCCAAGGCCGCUCGCCGGUCGACAGCCUCAGCAGCAACGGCAGCUCGUACGACGGCAGCGACCGGGACGACGGCCACCAGGGGCGAGGAGGCGGGGCUCCGGACUUCCUCCACCAGGCUGCCGCCGGAGGACAGCAGCAGCAGCAGCCCGCCAUGGUCCUCCUGAGGCCGUCGUCGGCCGAGCCCCAGGACCAGGACGGGACCAACGUCAAGAGGAUGAGACUGGACACCUGGGUCACAUGAAGAGGUGACGGAGAGGGACGGACGGACGGACGAUGAGGAGGAGGAUGGAGAUGUGUUCUUGUGGCUUGUGUUGAUGCCCCCACCAGCCCUGAUGCCCCUGGUCUCCUUCUUUGUGCACACACACACACACACACACACACACAUAUAUAUAAUAUAUAUAUAUAUAUAAAC